CAGCAGCCCCAAAAUCAUAGCUAAGCUGGCUAAAUUUUAAGGACGGGAACUCUGCAGUCCUAAUCUUUUUAUAGAUUGGCCGAAAGAUCGCCAUGAACUCUGACGUUUCGCGGUAAAAAGAGGAAGCAUUUACGAUCCGAAUCGAAACGAUAUCCUAGAAUCCACGUCCUUCCAUCUCUGUCUCACUUCCCUGCUGCAUUCAUUUCAUCUUCUUCCCCCCACCCAACUCCUCGAAAGCUCCUCCUCAUCAAGAAAACCAAAGACCCUCUUUCUCUUUCUCUUUCUCUCUCCUCUGUCAAAAGCAGAAGCCAAAAAAGCAAACUUCAAACAUUUCCAGAAAGAGAUCAGCAGAGAGAGAGAGAGAGAGAGAGGGAGAGAGAGAGUGAGAAAUCAGCAGCAGAAGCCAAAAAAGCAAACUUUUCCAGGGAGUGAGAGAGGGCAGAGGCAUUUUCCCUUCCAUCUUCGGUUUCAUUCAUGGGCUGCUCGGCCUCAAGGCUGGACGCGCUCCUCAGCAAGUACCCGGAAGAAGACCACAAGUCUCCGUCCUCUUCUUCUCUGUACUCCACCGCCACCGCCCUCUCCCUGGACUCGUCGCCGCUCAAGAAGGCCCGUGCCCUCUCUCUCCCCGCUCCGCUCGUCCACCACCCGCCUCUCCGGAAGGGCGACACCCAUCACCUGGUUUGUCUCACCUCCACCACCUACGGCUCCCUCCGCCUCACCAACCCGGCCAAAACACCGGCACUCGCCUCCGCCGCCGAAAGGCCCGAUUUUUCCGGUCGAAACACUGGCCACGACGGCGGCGACGACGCUCGGGCCGACGACGAGGCGAGGAAGUCGCUCUCGCCAGACUCCGUCAUCAACACUUGGGAGCUCAUGGACGGUCUCGACGACUCCGAUUUCGGCUCUGAGAAUCCCUCCGGUAAGCUGCAUUCUUCGAAUAACGGCUUUGCGACGAAACCCAGUUCCUGUAGGUACACGAGCUUUGAUGGGUCUGUCAGGAACGUGCGUGAAUCGCCAUCUUUUCCGGUGAAGUUGUCGGAGAUGUUGGCGAUAAGCCCGCCUUCGGAGACGAAGCCGUUGUGGAAGCAUUUGUCCGAGGAAGCUCUGUUGGCCAAGAUGGACCCCAAUGUGGUUUAUAGUUACAGGCGUGCGUUGUGUUCUAGGCAAUCGGAGAGCAAUCCGAGCCAAACACAAACAGUUAAGCCCGUGAGACCGGCCAGUGUUAAAACUUUGGCGUGUGAUGAUCAGAACUGGUCGAGUGGCGUAGAGGAUAAGGUCUUGCUCUAUUUCACUAGUUUGAGAGGAAUUAGGAAGACUUAUGAGGAUUGCUGUGCUGUGAGAAUGAUACUGAAGGGAUUUAGAGUGCGUGUGGAUGAGAGGGACAUUUCGAUGGAUUCUUCGUAUAAGAGCGAGCUGCAGAGCGCGCUUAGAGGGAAGGCGCUUAGCUUGCCUCAAGUUUUUGUUAUGGGGAAACAUGUUGGUGGGGCGGAGGAGAUUAAGCAACUCAAUGAGGAUGGCGAGCUAGCAAAGCUCUUGGACAGAUUGCCUGUCAUAGAUUCGGGAUCCGUCUGCGAGACUUGUGGGGAUGCUAGAUUCCUGCCCUGCUUGAGCUGUGACGGUAGUAGGAAGAUAUUUGACGAGGAUGAGGGGCAGACUCGGAGGUGCCUGGAUUGCAAUGAGAAUGGGUUGAUUCGGUGCUAUAGUUGCUGCCUCUGAACUCGGGUAAUCACUUUGAUGUGUAAAUUUUUGGUGCUAAUCCCUAUUCUAUGCUUGAGCGAUGUCAAGAUAUGGCUGGACUUUGUCAAGAUUUGUUGGAUUAGCAGUGUUAAUAACCAAUAGUGGUAGAAAGAAUUGUUCAUUUGCCCUUAUGAACUACUUGAAUAAGACUACUAUUAAAUUACUUGGUUUCUGUCA